CGCGGCGCCGGUCUUCCGUGAUGCUGAAUGGACUAUAAACGAGGGGGAAAGCUGGGCUGUAAUAGGGACAGGUUCGAGGCAAAAGAUGGCCCUUUUUGCAGACACACCUAGGUCACCUACGCAUAACUCCUCCUCCGCCUCUACCUGAAGGACUAUUUCCUUUCCUUUCAGACCCUCCACGCGACCCACACAACUGCGUAGCUUUUGUAUCAUUCGUGCAUCGGUCCCGUGCAGCAGGUGGUGCCUUCUACGACUAAACUUUUCGAUACGGCGCAGUUAGAGAAGAAGACCAUAUCACCCUCCGGGAAAGUAUGUUUGGAGAGUACGACUUUCUAAACAUUCAGCCAAAAGGUGGAAAGGUGAAAACGCCCGUUGAAAUUGCACAGGACGAAGUAAAGAAGGGCAUAUUCGAGGACCUGACUUCGAGACUGGGUCUUUCAUCCCUCUUGGAUUUACCUUUGGUCGCUUUAUCGAAUGGCCAGACGCAUCGAGCACGCAUUGUGAAGGCUAUUUUGUCUGAACCGGAACUCCUCGUACUCGACGAACCUUUGACCGGCCUUGACGUCAAUACACGCCCAAUCUUAUUGAAUGUCUUUCGGUCACUACAUGAUUCUCACAUUCCACGCAUCCUCAUGGGUCUCAGGAUGCAGGACCCUGUUCCCGACUGGAUUUCGCACAUCGCUCUAGUGACGGGCGAAACUAUCCUGACAGGCGUCAAAGAUGAAAUCAUGUCCAAGUACGCGGAUUAUUACGCAAAGGAGGCUGAGCAUAGAAUGGCAAGCACCACUCAGUCAUAUCUGCAGUCUGGCCUUGAUCAUGGAAAGCCAGUAGUCGACACGAAGAACGUGAAAGUAUCAUACGGCUUUGAGCUAUUAGGACUUAUUCCGUUCCUGUCUGACCUUGCACAAGUUUUGUUGAGCUCAAGCCUUCAAGAAACUUUUUCGGAACAUGAUAUCCGCUAUGAUCAUCAGGGCCAACUUUCUACCUGUCUUGAUACGGGACUAUGGUGCACUGAAAUGGCACAGAAACUCGGAACCCUUCAGGUGAACUCCUUCAGGGGGAUUCUUAGAGUCGCCGGUAGCACGCAGAUUCAGAACCGUAUUCCUACCCCUCCUCCUGGAGACUAUGAACUUCGCUAACUCACAGUCGUUCACCCUCAGGCUUAUUAAUACGUCCUUGAUCGCCACUGCAACAUGGAGGUGCCCAAGGAUAAACAAGACUUUGCGCGUUGGGUGGCAUGCUGCGUCGACGCAAAGCACUUUUACGCGUUUUUCUACGAGCCCAGU